AUGCAGGCCAAGGUACUGCUCGCCAUCUUGGCGUCGGCCUCCGUCACCAUAGCGGCGGGCGGUGAAGAAGUCACCGGAACCGCCAACGAGGAGCCUCUCCCGGAAACCACCCCUGUCGAGGAAGUUGAGCCUUCGGUUCCCGUAGUUACCGAGCCUGCUGAGCCGGUCGAGCCUACCGAGCCCGUUGAGCCGGUCGAGCCUACCGAGCCUGUUGAGCCGGUUGUGCCUACUGAGCCCGCUGAGCCGGAGGAACCAACCGAGCCCGCUGAGACGGAGGAACCUACUGUGCAACCUGUGGUGCCCCUCAUUGGCACUAUCGACCCGGUCACUCCUACCGACCCGGUCACUCCUACCGACCCGGUCACUCCCACCGACCCGGUCACUCCUACCGACCCCAUCACUACUCCUACUGACCCCAUCACCCCUUCCGAGCCGACCACCACGGAUAGCACGACCGUCACCUCGACAACCUCGCCCGACACCAGCUCCAGCUCCAGCAUCCCCUCGCCCACGACUUUCACCAGCAGCAUCACCACCACCACCUUCACCGUGACCACGACCAUCACGCCCCCUCCCCCUCCCCCUCCUCCUAGGCCCAUCACCGUCACCACCACCAUCAUCCCCAACCCCGUGACCAUCAUCAGGCCUCCCGGCUUCGAGGUCAAGCCCCUCCCCCAGGCCCACACCCAACUCCAGACCUUUAACGACCCCUGGCCCCAGUUCCCCAUCUCCAACGCCAUCUGCAAGUACACCGUCACCGGCGUUGGCGCCUCCCGCCUCCCCAUUACCGACUUCGCCUGCGGUGGCGGCUGGUUCGUCAGCUCGGCCUGGAGCGGCCAGUUCGGUCCCGGCAACGGCUUCUUCGUCUUGGCCGUUACCAACCGCGUCGGCAUCAUUUGGCCCGCCUACUCCGACUGGGAGAUUCAGAACGGGGUCACGUUCCAGCCGGAUAAGUGGUACUACCCUCUUUGGUUUACUUAG